AGAAUGAAAAUGGAACCAUUACCUGUGACUACAUUGUGGCUGCUCACCUUAUUAUUAUUAUUAUUAUUGUUAUCAUUAUAAUUAUUAUUAUUUCUGGAAUACAAUUCAUAUGAGUGGGAGCUGCUCCCUUACAUAACCAGUGACUUCAUUACAAGUUACUGCCGCCCACAAUUCAUUUCAAUUCAGGGUCCUUUAAAGUUUUGGAAUAAAAUAUACAAAACUGAAACAAAAGUACACCACUGCUUUGCUUCCUCUAUAGUUACACCCUUGUUACCUUUCAAUAUUAAACGACAGGCGACAGCUCAGCCAAUAGCAAAUAACCAAAUCUGUACAGAAAUAAAAGAAUGCUUGAUUAGUUUUACUAAACAAUAGCUUUGUCACUAAACUUAGGCCUACACAGGGGUUAAUAGUAGUAAAUUAAUUAAAGGGGUGUGCGGCCAUGCAGGACAUCUUGAGAGAGCUGUGUGAUUAGCUGGAGUCCCUGCAGCACGAGUUAAACUACAGCUCCCAUCAUUCUUCUGACAGCUGCUGUUGGGGCAUUUGUAAGGUUUCUAUUUCUACCCAUGAGGGCAAAUACAGUGGCAUAAAAAAAGCACAGCUCUUGUUGGUCCAUUAAUAAUCUGUGCUGCAUGCCUGUAAACGUAUUUGAAUCUAUUUGAUAUAUCAAGUUUUUCUUUUAACAUUUUAAUACAGCACUUGGCAAUGCAGCUCAGAGAUAUUACAGGUGACCGCUUCAUAAGAUAAGGAUAUGACUUGCCUCAGGUGCUAGCACUCGCAAGGGUUAUUAUAUAUUUUCAAGAUCUGGAUUCCAUCAGAUACAUUUUGUAGAAGAAACGAAUGCUGUGGUAAUUCCAUCCAUACUUCUUUAAGAAGAAUCCUUAUUUUUAUAUUUGUUACACAAAUGGAUAACAUUGAGACCACAACAACAGACAACCAUUCCUUAAAUCAUCAUAACAAAGCACUAAAUGGUUUUCCAAGAUCCAUUUCAUCAAACAGUGAUGAUGAGAAAAAUGCAAAAAGCAAACCUAAAAGCAUGUCUAAUGGCUUGCGAAAAGGACUGAAACAUUAUCCAGAUUAUAUUCGAAUUACUAUGGCAGCGGACUCUAGGAACAAAUUUCCAUUGGAGUGGUGGAAAACUGGCAUUGCCUUUAUUUAUGCUUUCUUUAACAUGGUCCUCACCACCGUUAUGAUCACAGUGGUACAUGAGAGAGUGCCUCCAAAGGAAAUCAGCCCUCCGCUUCCAGACAAGUUUUUUGACUACGUCAGUAGGGUGACAUGGGCCUUUUCUGUUUCAGAGAUAGCUGGGAUGAUUUUAGUUGGCCUUUGGACAGUCCAGUGGGUCUUCUUGAGAUACAAAUCAAUUGUGAGCCGACGAUUUUUCUUUAUAAUCGGAACAUUAUACUUGUAUCGAUGUAUUACUAUGUAUGUUACUACACUGCCAGUGCCUGGUGUCCAUUUUCAGUGUGCUCCAAAGCUGCAUGGUGAUUUUUACGCACAGUUGCAAAGGAUCCUCCGAUUAAUAUCUGGCGGUGGUUUAUCUAUUACAGGCUCUCACAUAUUGUGUGGCGAUUUUCUGUACAGUGGCCAUACUGUUAUUCUCACCCUGACUUACCUGUUUAUUAAAGAAUAUUCUCCCCGACACUUUUGGUGGUAUCAUUUAAUCUGCUGGCUACUAAGUGCUGCAGGCAUCAUCUGCAUACUAGUGGCACAUGAACACUAUACAGUGGAUGUGCUUGUUGCCUACUAUGUAACUACCAGACUCUUCUGGUGGUAUCAUACCAUGGCUAAUGAAAAGUGUUUAAAAACCUCUUCUCCAACAAAUUUACUUACCAGAACGUGGUGGUUUCCAGUAUUUUUAUUCUUUGAGAAGAAUGUUCAGGCCGGUAUUCCAUGCACUUACUCCUGGCCCAUCUCUUGGCCUCCCAGCUGCUUCAAAGCAACAUGCAAAACCUAUUCAAGAGUACAGAAGACAGGAGAGGAUGUUGAAAAGGCCACCUGAAUUCUGUCAGUAGACUCCACAUUUAAAACAAACUCACAGAAAACGGAAGACUUUUUCAAUGCUGUAACCAAAGGAAUAUUUUCUUGUUUUACAAGAAUAUAACUAAAUGAAGUGGACCAAAGUUUUAUUUAUUUGAUUGCAAAGGUAGUUGAAAAUGGGAUUAAACUGUAAUCCCUGCUAACGUAAUUUUAACAAACACUAAAUGAGUUUAUGGCCAGAUCGCAUCCUGGCAAAUGAAUUUUAAUGGAAUAGUAAAAAAAACUUGUUUGGAA